GAGUAAUAACCUUUUGUAAUCAUUUACAUAAAAUCUGAUUGCACACACAGUGAAAGGUCACAUGCCAAACUAUUUAUCACAGAAGCUGAGGACAAUCCCAGGUCAGUCCUGGAUAACUUUCCACAUCUUAUUUACAGUAUCUGGGAUUCCUAAAUUAGACCCUAAUCUUCCUGCCGGUCCCAGACUAUUAUCCACCAGAAAUGCAGAAGUAACAGCACAUCAAGUAUGUUCCCCGACUGGCGGUGAGUAUAACCAGAUGUGUUUCAAGAACAAACUCCAAAAAAUGACUCAUUCUCUCAAAAAUGGGAACACACGUUUCACUACAAUUCAAGCUUCAGACUUCAACUGAAGACAUUAUCAGAAGACUUCUCUUACCAAGGACAAUCAAAACUCAAGACUUGUUGAUACUUCCAAGAUGGUGGUGCUUUUGACAUACAUGGAUCUGCUGAAAUACAUAUAUUUAUUUACAUAUCUAUGGCUGGCAACCCUGGCUGCACCAGAUACACAGGAACUGUCAGCUGAAGACACCAGAAAAAAAACAUUCAAAGGACAUGCAGAGACUCCAGACAUGCACAUUGAAGUGGCGGCCCUGGGAAGACCUCUUUUCCCUGGUAUGCUUUAUGACUGCCGUAAGGAUUCCUUCAUUCCAGGUAUUACUCUGUGGGAUAAGAAAUCAUUGAAGAAUGAUUUGGACACCCAUCCACAGCCCCAGACAGAUUUGAAGUUCAGUAGCUCUGACUCUCUCUCUGAUAAGUCCAGUCUCAUGGAUAUAAGUGCUUCCCUGAAGGCCAGUUUCUUGGGUGGGCUGGUGGAGGUGGGAGGAUCUGCCAAGUACCUGCAUGACACCAAAUCCUCAAACCAACAGUCCAGAGUUACAAUUUAUUACAGUGAGACCACAAGAUUUGAACAACUCACUAUGACUCAGCUGGGUAAUAUCAACUACCCUGAGGUAUUUGACCAGAAAACUGCAACUCAUGUGGUCACAGCUGUACUGUAUGGAGCUCAGGCCUUCAUGGUGUUUGAUAGGACAUUUUCAAAAGAGGAAAAAGAGCAGGAUAUUGAGGGUGAAUUGAAUGUGAUGGUCAAGAAGAUCCCUGAAUAUUAUAUUGAGGGAAAAGGAUCUGUAAACAUGACAGAUAGUGAUAAGAAAAUAGCUGAGAAUAUUGCCUGCACAUUUCAUGGUGACAUCCAUCUUAAGCAAAACCCCACCACAUACAUGGAUGCCUUGGAUUUGUACAAGCAGCUCCCCACUCUGCUGAAGGAGAAUCCACAGAAUGCAGUUCCAGUAAAAGUCUGGCUUUAUCCUCUUCAUCUACUGAAUACAAAAGCAGCUCAGUUAGUGAGAGAAAUCAGCACAAGUCUGGUUUCCAACAUUGAAGAUAUAAUGAAGGUACUGGAUGAGGCAGAGAGGACAUCCAAUGACCUCUUAAAAAAUACUCUGGUAAAUGUUUUCAGUGACCUCAAAGAAAGGCUACUGUCAUUUCAGGAUUCAUUUAGAACUUACAAAACAGUCCUUCAGAAAGCUGUCAGCAUGGUCUUGCCUGCUAUUCGAGGAGAAGAAGGAAUGAAGGAGAAGUCACUAGAAGACAUCCUGAAGAUUCACUAUGAAUCCCCUUUUAAUGCUGGCAAGCUUAACCAGUGGUUAGAUGAUGCAAAAUCGGAACUUAACCUCUUGAGCUCUUCCAUCGAGAAACUGGAGGGAAUCAAAAUUGAAGACUCAGAUGGUCUCAACGCCAUCCUACUUGAUCCUGAUAUUGAUGUUGUGGUGUGCUUUACCUUCACAUCUCUGAAUGAAGACCCGUAUGUUUCAGCCCUGAGGGAGUUUCUGAAAUCUGACAAGUUUAAGGAGCUUGAUAAGAAUGAGACCUUGUUUUCCGUGGCGUCUGUAGGAAAGUGGUUCAAUGAUCCUGAUGUCAUUAAAAAGAUGAGAGAUAACUUAUCUCAUUUCAGAGGUUUUUCAGAGGCCAACAAAGAUGAAAAGAAAAUCCGAUUCAUUAUGUCUGCCAUCUCCAAUCCCUCUAAUAAAGGCUCCUCCAUCUAUCUGUAUGAAAAAGGAAAACUGACAGACACACAGUUCCAGCCCGUGACCAAACCGCCCCCACCAAUAGUGAAGGGUGUCCUGUACCACACUGUGUCCCUGAAACUGCAGAAAUCUCCAACUGGAGAAACAGUGAAGUACAGAGUGGAGUACAAGCAAGAAAAUAAUCAGUGGCUUUUCAUAAACACAGCUGAUGAAGACUUUACUCUGACUGGAUUGGAGUCUGGAAAGGAGUACUUGAUCCGCUACAGGAUAGUGGGUAUAGUGGGAAGGAGUGAAGCCAGUGACACUGUCAGCCCCAUGCCAUCCACAGUUCAACCUAAAUCAAUACCUGACAGAUGCUGGUGUGUGGAGACUAAGAAAUAUGUCAGAAAGGAAACUAUUGAAGAGUUCUCCAUUUUCUCUAUAAGACCACGCUGCGACAAAGUAGAAAUUAUACUGACACUAAAACCUGUGAAUAAUACAAGUGAAGUCAUGCAGCGCUGCUUGAAUCCAAAUUCAGCGCAAGGCAAGAACCUGCAGAUUUGCUGGAAGAGGAACACCAAUCACACCUUUACUUUUAAGAUGUCCCAUUGCCUAAUCCAUAAAUGAAAGUGCAGAAGAGCAAGGGAGGACUGAAAAAGGGGAAUUUGGAAACUCAAGAAACACUACAAUGGAAUUCCAUUCUGUCACAUGACCUGGCCAGCACUGCCAAUCAGAAUCCUGGGAUUUGAGUGUUGGCCUCAUGCAGCUAAUGGGAAAUCACAGAAGACCUGAAAACACCAGGACGGCUGCCAGUAACUGCCAGACACAGAUGUUGUCGACAAAAGCGUUUGAAUUAGAAUUCACUUGCUGUAUGACUGAGACACUGAAUGUAUCAUUACUCAAACAGUUAAACUAUAUUUAAAUGGUUUUAUAAUGGGCUUAUUUUUUAAUAUUUAUUUUUAUUGUUUUUUGUCGAGAACAGAAGAACACCUUAUAUAACAGAGAAAGAGAAAAAGCAAAAAAAAAAAAAAAGGUAUAACAAAGGUUGCCAUACAUUACAUAUAAACCUUUAGUCAUUUCACCAGUACAUUAUAUCAGUAAACAUUUAUAUACACUUACAAAUACAAUAAUCUAAACCACAGAGAAACUUGUUAACCAUUUCCUCCAUUUGUUCUCAAAGAUUUGCAUUUGCAGCCAAAGUAUAUAUGUGAGUCUUUCCAUUUGUCUAACCUCUGCUACUAUUUGGAACCAGUCUUCUCUCGUAGGUGGGUCUUCCUUGUACCAUUUCCGGGUUAUUGCCUUUUUACUUGUUGCCAGUAAAACCUUAAAUAAAUAUUUGUCAUCUUUUCCAACCUCAUCUAAUAUAAAAUGAUUUUGGUAGGGUGAAUUCAGGUUGAUUGGGACACUUUUUCCAAGUCAUCUCAAUGCCAAAACGUGUCCCAAUCACCCUGAAUUCAUCUCUGAAUUCAUGUAGAGUGAAAAUACUAUUAAUAGUAUACCAUACAACCUCCCAAAAACUAUUCACCUUUGGACAUUGCCAAAAUAUAUGCUAUUUGUAAAAAGUUUAAACUCUGUUUCAAUGAGAAAUGCACUUGUAAGAGCAGGUCUCACCAAGGUGUCAUGUUUUCUGAAUAAGGGUGGUUAGCCCCAGAAGAUACUGCGAUAAAGACUGCACUUUUAUCUGAAAUUGUGGCUGCUGUACCUUCUGAAUUUAAAAAAUGUGCUUUGGAUAAAGAACUAUUAGAACAAAAUGAUGAAAACAAAAUAAAAGUGUUUCCAGAAUUGGAAGUAAACGUUUCUGUGGACUUAUGGCAGGUAAAGGAGGGAGCUUUCUCACAUUCAGCACUCCAGAACUUAGUUUUUUUAUGAGGUGGGCAAGAAAUCCAUGUAUCAUGUUUGUGUAAAAGUAAUGCGCUUUCAAGAACUGAAACAAGUAUGUGAGUCUAAAUGGCAAGAAAUAUUUGGUACAGACCUCUCACCUAUAAGAAGCUGGAGAACUUUAUAUAAGGUUCCAAGAACUGGCCAUUUACAGUGGAGGAUCAUACAUGGAACAGAUUCCAGUUAUUGAUAUUUGCCCAUUUUGUUCAGAAACUGUUUUUCAGUUAUUUUUAGAGUGUAAUAGAUUAGAGCCACUUUUUCAAAUGUUAAAAGAAUGGUGUGAUAUGUUGGGUCAUGUUUUUAGUUAACAAGGUUUUAUGGUCCUAAGCAGAGCCGUUAAAUAAGUAUCGGUAUAAAACAAGAAAUGUUGAUGUAUUUCUGAAUUAUGGGAGAAGUUUCCACCAACACUGUUUUAACAAACAAAGGUUUGAUUUCUUCCAGUUUAGUGGUUGAAUUAACCUAUUAUAAACUUAAAAAAUUGGUAACUUUUGGGGAAGUUUGGUGUUUAAAUGGAAUUUUAUGCAUGAUAAGUGACAGUUGUUUGGGAAUUAAGUUGUAAUUUCGUUUAGAGUUUGGAAAGUUUUCUCAAACUCUCGAAAACAAGGGUCUGUCAAAGGUUUUUGGGGAAAAGAAGAACCCAUAAUGUAUAACCCUAUCUGAAAAAGUUUAAACUUUCAUUGAGAAAUGCACUUGUAAGAGCAGGUCUCAUCAAGGUGUCAGGGUUUUGGAGUAAGGAUGGGUGGUUAGCCCCAGAAGAUAUUGCGAUAAAGAUUGGUGUGAAAUACUUGCGUUUUUCUGAAAGACUUUUAACUGAAAUUGUGGCUGAUGUACAUUUUGAAUUCAUGUGCUCUGAACAAGGAACUAUUAUUAUCAUUUUUUUCAUUUGUGUAUAAUUGUGUAAAUCUGUUUUUAAUUGUAAUUAAAGGUUUUUUGAAAAGUCAAA